AUGAAUGCGGAGCUUUCGUACGUAGCAGAGCAGCUCCCUUGCUGCGAUCUAUUGAAAGUCAGCCCUGGACACAAGGGUUUGUCUUUCGCCGCGCGCACGUGCCGCGCGGCGGGGAAGAGCGGGGCUUCUCUUCCUCCAUCCGGGCGUCCCCGGGGCGCGCCCGCUCUUCCCCCUCGACCACCGCCGUCCUCUCCUCCUCCCCCGCCCGGGGAAGGAGGGCCGCCUUCCAACCCGCGGGCGUCGCCCACAGGCCCUCGGCGGUCGGGCGGCGGCGCGGUCCCGCUGGGAGUUGGGGGGUGUGGGGGAGACCCAAGCGGGGGAGGGGCCGCCGGGCCCCUCUCUCCCCCGCGUCGCGGCCGGCCUUCUUCCUCCCCCUCUGCCCCGCCGGGGCUUCCGGUCCCGGGCUGGGACGGGGCAGGGUGGGGCGGCGCAAAAAAUAAAUAA